AUGGCCAUUACUAACCGCUUCCAGGACGCAGUCAAGGCGUUGAACUCCUUGCAGACAAACUUUGCGUCGAUCGAGGCCGGCAAAAAAGCCGGCACGCUCAAGCGUAACACGCUGGCGAUGCCGGAGAUGUUGGAGUGGACGCGCCGUCUCGGCUACGCCGCCAGCGACUUUAACCGGAUGAACAUCAUCCACAUCACCGGGACCAAGGGUAAGGGCUCCACGUGCGCGUUCGUGCAGUCAAUUCUCUCGCAGUACCACACGCGCGGCGUAAACAAAAUCGGGUUGUUCACCUCGCCGCACUUGAAAUCAGUCAGGGAGAGGGUCCGCAUUAAUGGUAACCCCAUCGCGGAGGACUUGUUCACCAAGUACUUCUUCGAGGUCUGGGACAAACUCUCGGGUUCCACGUCUGAUACAGAAAGGUUCCCCGACAUGGCGGGCGAUUCCAAGCCAGUUUAUUUCAAAUACAUGACGUUGUUGUCGUUCUACGUAUUUUUGAAGGAGGGGGUCGAUACUGCGAUCUACGAGGUGGGUGUGGGCGGUGAGUACGAUUCCACGAAUAUCAUAGAAAAGCCGACGGUGUGUGGGGUUUCAGCGCUCGGGAUUGAUCACGUGUUUAUGUUGGGUGAAACGUUACCGGAAAUCGCGUGGAACAAGGGCGGCAUCUUCAAGGAGGGCGCGCCAGCGUUUACGGUCGAGCAGCCUGAGGAUGCGAUGCAGGUGUUGCGCGCACGCGGCACGGAAAAAAACAUCGCGGGAGAGUUGCAGGUCGUUGGACAGAACCCAGCGGUUACUGGCUUGAAGUUGGGUCUCGCGGGGGAGUUCCAGAAGCAAAACGCGUCGCUUGCGAUUCAAUUGGCGGCGACUCACUUGCAAAAGUUGGAGAUUUUGAGCCAAACCGAUGUGGAAGCCAUCUCCAGGGGUGUUUUGCCAAUUGAGUUUGCCGUGGGGUUGGAGACUGCCAUGUGGGAGGGCAGAUGUCAGACCAUCGUUGAGGAGGGCGUCACAUGGUACGUUGACGGUGCCCACACCAAGGAAUCAAUUGACGCCUCUUCCGAGUGGUUUGGGGCUGUUUCCGCCCUGGCGGCUAAGCCAAAGUCCCGUGUCUUGUUGUUCAACCAGCAGACGAGAGAUGCCAACAUGCUCAUAGGCAGAUUAUACAACAACCUCGCGGAUGUGAAGUUUGACCAUGUGGUGUUUACUACGAACGUGACCUGGUCGUCAGGUGCAUAUUCUGCCGAUUUGGUGUCCAUGAACACGUCCAAGGAUGCGGUCGACCGCUUGGAGGUGCAGAAGUCAUUGGCAGAGACCUGGGCAGAUUUGGAGAAGCAAAACAAACAGCAGGCCGCCAGGAAGCACAUCUUUCACGACAUUGAGACGUCCGUGAACUUUAUCCGCUCUCUCGAGGGUCCCGUCGAGGUGUUUGUGUGCGGUAGUUUACACUUGGUCGGCGGAUUCUUGGUGGUGUUGGACGGGAAACAGUAG